AUGAUAUCAGCAGCUAUGAGAAGGACUAUCAAAUCCUCAAUUCUCCACGUCAAUGAUCGCUCCUCAACUUCCAUGAUCAAAGCUGUCGUUUUUGGCUCCAGCUCACAAAUUGCUCGAGCCGCAAUAGGACUUUUAACCAAUAUCCAUGCUCAAGUCUUAAUCCCAUGCAGAACAUCUUCAAAAUGGGUUGACUAUUUAAGAAUUGGAAACUUCAAGUUUAUUUCUUUCAGACAGCAGCUAGAUUUAAAGGACCCAGAUAUCCUCGACCAAGUCCUAGAAAACGCUAAUGUAGUUAUCAAUACAAUUGGAGGCUAUCACUAUAUAAGAGACUACGAUACUCUUUAUGAGUCAAAUGUCACAGUUCCAAGAAGAAUAGCAGAAGCCUGUGCAAGGAAUCCAGACAUUUUGAGGCUCAUUCACUUUUCAGCAGUCGGCAUUGACCCAUUUUUUUAUUUUUCAACAAAAAUGAUUUUUUGAAAAAAAAUAAAAAAAAUAAAUUUUUUUCAUGACCCAGCAAGCACUUCGCCACGUCUUCAAACUAAAUGGCAUGGGGAACAAGAAGUCUUAAAUUAAUUUAGGGAUAGGCUGAUUUAUAUUGGUAAUCCAGUCCCUAAGAAUCUCAAGUGAUUCAUUUUCUUAGAGAAAUGAUUUGCAUGGCAACGCUAUAUAUUGCUACUUUUUGACUCCUUAUUGCUGGAGUGUUGCCCUUCCUCCUACACCUCGUCCUUGCAGCUCUAGCGUUUAGUUGGCAGACUACGAACUUCUGUAUCCUUGCUUGAGGUUGAUAUAUGAGCAUAGGUUGCCUUAGAGAAAGUCCAAAAAUGGAUUUUCUGGCUGACUCUUGAGAAAAAGGCAAAACUUGCCUGAAUGGUCUAGUCACUAUCAUAGCCCAUGCUGGUACCAAUUUUUAGCUCCAUGCUCCUCUUCCCAACGGUAAAAUUCAGUCAUAAUAGAUAGCCAAGUCAAGGUUCCACAUAGUGGUGAAAUUGCUUCCUUGCAUAGUUACCCAUUUCUGGGUUGACAAAAUCAUACCAGAUAUACUUAAAUACUUGUUCGAGGCUGCACGGCCAUACGACAGACGGCCAUAUUUAAUUGUGGAAAAAGAAGUCAAAGCAGCAUACCCUAAUGUGACGAUUCUAAGACCCACUACAAUUUUUGGAGAAUAUGAUAACUACGUGACUAGAAUGGGACUGAUUCAGCAGAUGAUCGAUUAUCUACCGGUUAUUGAUGACGCGAAAGAACUCAGACAGCCAAUUUACUAUAAGGACAUAGGACAAUGCGUAAUAAACUGUCUAAGAAUGCCUGAAACCAUAGGAAAAACUUAUGAGCUUGGUGGCCCGAAUGUGUAUUCUAACAGAGAAAUCAUGGAAAUCGUCUACAAUAAGAUUGGAAAGCCACCAAAUGUAAGAUCAAUUCCUUAUAGAAAAGCCCAUAAAUUUAUCCAAUACAUGCCUCAUACGUUUGGGUUUUCAAGACAUAUGAGCUUAAAUGAUGUAGAAGAAAGCCAAAUGGACAUCGUGGUAUCAAAAGACGCAUUGAAAAUUGAAGACUUGAAGGUAAAACCUGUGUCAUUCCCUCAGAAUUUGAUGAGAAUCUUGCAAGACUAUCAAGCCAAGGUUGAUUUGACGAUGGACGAAGCUCUUCAUGGCUGGUAUGGAGGACACGAUAGAACUUACGAACCAUAA